AUGGCUGAUAUCGAGAAGCAGUCACCGUCACAAGUCAACAAGUCAAGUCUCGACUCUUCAUCCUCUCAGUGCCCUCUUCACCCCAGUUCGCACUCUGCAGAAUGCUGCAGUACCCCUCUCUCGGAUGCAUCCUCGCCACAUAACCAGCAAGCGUGGUUAACGGUCGCUGGGUCAUUCUUAGCACUGUUCUGCUCCUUCGGUCAGAUGAUCGCUUUUGGCACAUUUCAGUCCUGGUACUCUGGCAACCAACUUUCGUCUAUGUCAAGCUUUAACAUAUCUUGGAUCGGUUCAUUGCAAUUAUGCGUUUUCUUUUUCAUGGGUGGUCCUGUUGGGCGUAUAUUUGAUGCUUGGGGCCCUUCACCACUCUUGAUACUGGGCACAUUGAUUUCGGUGCUUAGUCUUGUCUUCACCAGCGUCGCCUCUCAGUAUUAUCAGUACCUGUUAGCUCAGGGAGUUCUGUUUGGACUGAGCGUCGCUCUGCUCUUCUAUCCCUCGGUUUCUUCUGUUGCGACUCACUUUACCAACUAUCGUGCUACAGCUAUUGGAAUUGCCUCGGCUGGAUCUGGUCUUGGCGGCGUUGUGUACCCGAUUAUGCUCCGCUUCCUUUUUCGUAAAAUUGGUUUUGCUUGGGGGGUCAGGGCUUCGGCACUCCUCUCUGCCGUAUCAGGUGCACUGGCAGCAUCCACCAUCUCUGCUCGACGUGCGGGCAAAACGCGACCAUUUUCGCUCCAGGAUUUUCAAUUAAUCAAUGAUAGACGGUUUCUACUUCUCGUUGUUGGUUCGUUCUUUGUUUGUUUAGGCAUCUUUAUCCCCUAUUUUUAUAUAUCCGAUUACACCGAAUCCUUGGGCAUCAGUUCCGAUGUUGCCUUCUACGUAUUAUCCAUAAUGAAUGCCGGAAGCAUACUGGGCCGCAUCGCGCCGGCUUGGUUGUCCGACAAGAUAGGGCGGUUCAACCUUCUUUGUCCCACGGCAUUCUUUUCCGGCUUCAUUUGCCUUCUGUUCUGGACGUUCGCCGAUAAUUUGGCCGCCGUAGCGACUUUUUCUACAAUUUACGGCUUUCUAUCUGGGGCGUUUGUUUCCGUAGUGACACCUUGCGUUGCCCAGAUAUCUGACAUGGAAGAGAUGGGCACGCGCAUCGGUGCUCUUUACACUUUUGUGUCUAUUCCGGCCUUGACCGGUGGCCCCAUUGCUGGCGCACUGCUUCAAUCACAAAAAGGAUCUUUCGUGGCCGCCAUCGCAUUCGCUGGAUCGAGCAUGGUCCUAGGUUCAUCGUUCCUGCUAGCUUCAAAACUCAGUAUCGACCAACGGUUUUUCCAUCGGGUCUGA